ACAUCAGUUAAAUUACUCGACGUGAAUAAAAUUUUAAAAGUUUAUUUUACAAUCUUACGAUUCAAUAGAUUUUUUUUACCAUUGAACGCAUUUGAGGUUUUAGUGCUCCCUGUAUAAUUAGUUCAUAACGCAGCAAAGGCAAUGCAAUGAAUCUUCAGGAGGGUCUGAUCGCUGCAUUUUCCGUAUUUGCUUCACUGGUCAUUGUCCUUGUUGUGGUUUGUUUAGGUUGGUAUCUGGUGUGGAAACUGUUCCUGUCCCGUUUCAAGUUGGUCCGUGAGCUGCUGGGACUGGCGCAAUCGUCCGACUCGCCGACGCACGCAGAGAACCUUUCUGGAGACGGUAGCAGCAGUAGAGCACGCAACGCCCGCAAGGUGCGAAGAGAUUAAACCCCCAGAGAGAAGGAGAAAUUAUUUUUAAUUUGAAGCCCGAAGAUAGCUGUCAGCUGCAACCAAAAUGAAUAUCCGUUGCGCAAAGCCCGAAGACUUGAUGAACAUGCAGCAUUGCAAUUUGCUUUGCCUGCCGGAAAACUACCAGAUGAAG